AUUGCAAAACAAUGUUUUUCAUUCUACUAUUUGUUUCCAUAAUUUCGUUCCUGACUGCCCGUCAAUUUCUGAAGGCAAAAAGACUUCCACCUGGACCUUUUUCGCUCCCAUUAAUUGGAAAUGCUCAUCAAGUUGGUUAUCAAUUGUGGAGAACUGGAGGAGUUACAAAUAUGCUUAAUCAUUUCAGAAAGGAAUAUGGAGACAUUUUCACAUUGUGGUUGGGACCAAUUCCUCAUGUAAAUAUUACAAACUAUGAGCUCUCGCAUGAAGUUUUUGUGAAAAAUUCCACAAAAUAUGCCGAUAAGCAUGUUUCCCCGAUGAUUGACUAUGUUAGAAAAGGAAAUGGAGUGUUCUUCUCGAAUGGCGACAAAUGGCAGGAAUUGAGAAGAUUCUCCAUGUUAACGAUGAGAAAUAUGGGAAUGGGAAGAGAUUUGAUGGAGGAGAAGAUUCUAAGUGAACUUGAUGCAAGAUGUGCUGAAAUCAAUGAAAAAUCUAUUGAUGGGACCACUGUUUUACAAGUGAAUGAAUUCUUUGAUUUAACUGUUGGAAGUAUCAUUAACAAUAUGCUCUUAGGAUUUCGAUUUGAUGAAAGAACAAAAUCCCGAUUUCUCACAAUGAAACACAUGUUUGAUGAAGGAAUGGAUAAGAUGACACCACUAUUUUUCACUCUUCCAGUUUGGGCUCUUCAAAAGUUUCUCGCUAAAGAUUUUAAUUCCAUUAUAAAAGAUCAGUUUGAGAUAAUUGAUUAUGUGUCAGUGGAUGCUAUAAAAAGAUCAAGAGAUUUCAUGAAUGGUGACUAUGAAAUUGAUCCAAAUAACGUUGAGGAUAUCGUUGAUGCCUUUUUAUUGAAGAUGAAACAAAAUCCGAAAAGUGAUGUUUAUGAUGAGAACAAUUUGAAAAUGUUGAUAACUGAUCUAUGGAUAACCGGCCAAGAAACAACGACAACAACUCUGGUGUCUGCAUUCAUCCAAUUUUUGAACAAUCCCCAAGUCAUGGAUACAGUUCAGAAAGAGCUCAUCAAAGUGACUAACGGAGGAUCUCGCCAAUUAUCUUUGAGAGACAAAACUGAAACUCCUUAUUUAAAUGCAACAAUUGCGGAAGUACAACGACAUGCAUCCAUCCUCAAUAUCAAUUUUUGGCGGAUCAAUAAUGAGCCAACAGUAAUUGGAGGACAUCCUGUCGACUCAGGAUGUUUGAUUGCUUCCCAAUUGAGUGCUCUUCAUACAAAUGAGAAAAUCUUUGAAAAUCCUGAGAAAUUCAAUCCAGAACGAUUUAUACGAAACGAAAAUCUUAUGCAACAAACCAUCCCGUUUGGAAUUGGAAAAAGGUCUUGUCUGGGAGAAUCUCUAGCAAGAGCCGAGCUGUAUUUAAUCAUUGGAAACCUACUACUCCGCUAUAAUUUUGAAUCUUCUGGGAAAAUGCCAUCCACUCGAGAAACCGUUCCGUUUGGCUUUGCCAAGAGAUGCGAAGCCUUCGACAUGAAAGUCACUAAAAUUUAAAGUAUUUUUUAACUAAAUAAACGAUUGAAAACUUG